GGACGUGGCCAAGAGCAGGCAACAGGGGCAGCAAGAAGCAGAGCGUACGCGGCGAACAAAUACAAACUAACGGACUUUGAAUAAUUUCCGUUUUCUUCUCGUGUGUUCUGUUUUCUUACAAGCAAGAAUAUUUGUGUGUGUUUAGCUUUUUUUUUUUCCUCAUACGUUCUUGUUCUUGUUGUUUGAGUAAAGCGCCGUUAUCUUCGCGCGACAAUUGAACAGCGUUUGUAAAAGAAAAAAACAGCAAAAAAAAAAACACUAUUUCAUUGAGUGUUUCGUUCGCGUUUCAAUUGAAUAUCAUUUAACCAGUUGAUUGAGAAAAAUUGUUUAUAAUACAAAUAAUUCAUACAUACAAUUUUUUUUGUUUUUGGAAAACGCUGCGCGUUUGUGUGUCAGUGCCAACAACAACAACAACUGCAACAGCAACAACAACAACUGCAACAACAACAAAGUCUCUGACAGCCGAAGGAUGAUUCCGAUCUUGGAGAAACUGAGCGGCUUCUACAGCAGCUAUGUGCUGGGCAUACUUACCAUUGGCUAUAUACUGGGCGAACUGGGCCACUAUCUGAUCGGCGUUACGUCCAAACAGACGGCCAUUGAGCUGGACUAUGGGGAUCAUGCGUGCCAGCAGAACAGCAGCCUGUUCACGCGCCACGAGCUGGUCACCCAGUGCGGCGACGUGAAGAACGAGACCAGCUGCUAUGCGCUGGACAUGAACGGCACUGGUUACUGCGAAUGGAACUACAAUGGACUGGGCAUCGAUUAUCAGAUAUUGGCCGGGCCCACGUUCAUACUGGUCUUCACCAUAGCGGGCGUCUUUAUGGGCUUUGCGGCCGAUAAAUACAAUCGGGUCAAGAUGCUGACCGUGUGCACCAUCAUCUUUGGCAUUGCCAUUCUGCUGCAGGGCACGGUCAAGGAGUAUUGGCAUUUGGUGCUGCUUCGCAUGGUUAUGGCUGCCGGUGAAUCGGGUUGUAAUCCGCUUGCGACGGGCAUCAUGUCCGACAUCUUUCCGGAGAACAAACGCGCACUGGUCAUGGCCAUAUUCAACUGGGGCAUCUAUGGCGGCUAUGGCAUUGCCUUUCCCGUCGGCCGAUACAUCACCAAGCUCAACUUCUUCGAUAUGGGCUGGCGUGUUUGCUAUUUGGGCGCCGGUGUCCUGACGAUCAUUAUUGCCGGACUGACGGGCACCACGCUGCGCGAACCGGAACGCAAAUCGAUUGGCGAGGGCGAUCGCACCACGGCCAGCGGCAAACCUGUCACCCUGUGGCAGGUCAUCAAAAGUCCGGCCAUGAUAAUGCUAAUGAUAGCCGCCUCCAUACGUCACAGCGGCGGCAUGACCUUCGCCUACAAUGCGGAUCUCUAUUAUAAUACGUAUUUCCCGGACGUGGAUCUCGGCUGGUGGCUAUUCGCCGUCACCAUUGGCAUUGGCAGCGUUGGCGUUGUUGUCGGCGGCAUUGUAUCCGACAAGAUUGUCGCCAAAAUGGGCAUCCGUUCGCGUGCCUUUGUCUUGGCCAUUAGCCAAUUGAUUGCCACACUGCCCGCCUUUGGUUCGGUCUACUUUGAGCCCUUGUGGGCAAUGAUAACGCUCGGUUUGAGCUACUUUUUUGCCGAAAUGUGGUUCGGCAUCGUGUUUGCCAUUGUCGUUGAGAUUGUGCCGCUGCGCGUUCGCUCCUCAACGAUUGGCGUCUUCCUCUUUGUCAUGAACAACAUUGGCGGCAAUUUGCCCAUUCUGGUGGAUCCAGUCGCCAAGGUCAUCGGCUAUCGCGGCUCCAUCAUGAUCUUCUAUGCCGGCUUCUACGGCGUCAGCUCCAUACUGUUCCUUAUCACCUGUUUCCUGCUCGAGGGCAAGGCCAAGCCGAAUGCCACGGAGCAGGAGUCACAGAAGACGCAUCCGGAUGCGGUAUUGAAUGCACGCCACAUGCACGGACAUGACAACUCGGUGUUCAGUGUGGACGAGACCCUGCCCUCGAACGGACGACCCGCCCAGCUGCCGCAGCACCUCCAGAUGUCCAGCAACGGCUACGAGAAGUCACAAUCGACGCAGCCGCGUCACAAUGGCGCCGAGAGCAGCAGACUGUAGUAUUAUGACGAACCCCAAAAAAAAAACAAAAAAAAACCUCGUCAGACAAACAAAACUAAACAGAUUUUACUUAACAAGUGCUUUUGUUUUUCCUUGUAAAAAAUAUGAUAUUUUCAGCACAAAUGAAAUACUUAAAUAUGUUUAGAUUAGCUUAAGCUUCGAUCAUUGACUGUAAACUGUAACAAAAGCUCAAAUUCAAAUUCAGCAAAUUUUUAAACUUCAACAAAAACAUUACUGAAGAAAACAAUAUGAAUUGGGUUCUUUAAAAUUUAACAGGAUUUGCAAUGCAAAACUAAUUGAAAUUCAGCAAAUUUUUAAACUUAAAAAUUUAACUGAAGACAAAAAAUAUACAAAUUGAAUAAAUUACAGCCAACAAAAUUUCCAUUUGAGAAAAUUUGAAAAAAUUUUACAAAAUAAAAUAACUGAAGAAAAAAUAUGAAAAGCGCAAAUAGUCGUAUGUCAUGCUCGAUAGCUGCUAAUUGCCUUUUUUUUAUUAUUAUUAUAAUUAAGAAACUUAUUUUUUGUUCUUUUAUAAUAUAAUUGAUUUUUACAACUCAAGUAGUCGUAUGUCAAGCUCGAUAGCUUCUAAAUCGUUUUUUUUUUUUCUUUGGUAAUAUUAUUAUAAUUAUGAAACUUAUUUUUUGUUCUUUUGUAAUAUAAUUGAUUUUUAUAAUUUUUGUAAAAAAUUGACUUAGUUGUAAGCAACAGAUGAUCGUACCAGUUAGUCUUAAGCCCUGUGGACCAACUCUCCAGACCUACCUUGGGUUGCGUCCAAGCUUACCAUGCUUUCCAUGUGUUUUUGUGUCUCGUCUCAAACGAUCUUCCCAUUUGUACUUAAUUUGACAAGUGAAAUUCAUAUGUAUGUAAUAUAAAAAUCACGAAUAAAACCU